AUGGUUAGAGAUAGGCUUUUACUUGAGGAUUUAGAGGAUGGCAAGCCUGCGAUUUGGCACCGGAACACUUUAUCUCUGAUAAACGAGAACAAGUUCGACAAUCUUAAAAAAUCGACGCCCACUCAGAUUGUUUAUCCUAACAGUUCUUUCAACAUCGGCCUUCCCGUGGAUUCCAGCAAUCUUCAGGAAUCUUCGACACUCAACAACGAAGAUCAACUUUACGACGAGAACGGUAACGAGAAGCCGUUGAUUGUAUAUGCAUCCAACAGGGCAGAAAAUAUGAAAAGUUACAAAAAGCACCUUAACUUAAUUUGUUUGAUUUUAAUAUACUUUGUGGCUGUUCUUUAUUUCGGCGGCUUGAUGAAGUCUCAUGUCGACUACACUCGAUGCAGUGUAAUAUACUUGAAGAUUACCAAGAUGUCCAUGUUCCUUUACUUUUCGGUCUUGGUUCUUCUCAUUCUUGGAUACUCGCAAAUUUUGAGGUUUAAUAGCUUUUUAUGGUUACUUCUAUACAUUAAUUUCCCUUUUCUUUUUCACUACACAUUAUACAAAAUGCAAUUGUCUAUAUAUGUUUUGUUGAUAUCGCAAUUUUUAUUAGCCUUUUGUAAUUAUACGCUUGUUCCCUCUCAAGUGCUGCUGCCGAGGACUAGCUUUUAUAGAUGCAAGAAAACAAACCAGCUCUUGAGCAUAACGGUCCAAUUUGUGCUUAAAAUAGAGCCCUCGUUAUGCGUGAAUUGGAAACUCCAAGAUUCCGAUGUACUAUCCUUUGAUAAGGGCAACUCAACGGCCCUGCAAACGUCGAGAGAUCUUGAGGAUUCCGACGAACCCGAUAGUUACAGCGAUAAUGAACUGAGAGGUUGUUCCUCCACAGUUGUUUUAACAACCCUCCCCUUGAAUCUGAAGGACGAGGUCGAUCACGACCCGGAGGAGUCAGAUUCGUCGGAGGACGAGAAACUGGAGCUCAAGCUCGAACACCAGAACACGGACGUGAGGACGUUCGUGUUCGCUUACGACUCUAAGUUUAGAUUCCACGCAGUAACGGAGGUCGUGAUAUCGAAGCUGGACCGCCUGACGGUGGAGACGGCGUAUCGCAAGGUUUCGAGGAACCAGGUUUUUUCCCUGAAAUUAAGGGGGCUGGACCGAGAAGGCAACACCUUCAGCUCACUCGAAGGAAUGCCCUUCUACAUGUCCUUCGCAGGACCGAGAAUAUUUGAUGUCGUGGAGGUAAAGGAGGGAGACCUUUACUCUGAGAAGAGAUCAAAUGUGUUAUCGCAAAGUGAGAGUUUUGCACUCCCAGAGGGCACGACGCUGGUGUCAGACGUGCUGCUCCUGAAGGGAGUGAAGGUCGGGAAGUCGAGUCUGGCUUUCGGCCUCUUUUUGGAUGAAUACGCACAGGUCGUGUCAACUCCAGUGGAGUUCGUGGUCAACGACUUCGUGGUACUAUCGCACCAGAAUCUGUACAUGCUCAACAAAACGCGCUUCAAGAUAGAGCUGCUGUACCCGCUCAACCACCUGUACCAGAACGGGAAGGAAGAUAAGGUGGACCCAGCGAACUACGAGUGGUACACCGACGCAGAUCCCAGUAAGGUAACAGUGAGUAGAGAAGGAGUAGUUGAGUCACAUGUGUAUCUAAGUACAGAAAGUGACAAUGGAGGAUCGGACGUGGAGUCGGAGGAGGAUCCCCUGGAAAACGGGUACCAGUGCAUAGUGUACGCGAAAGACCUGAGGACAGGAGAGGUGCUGAAGUCGUACGUGAAUGUGAUGAAGCCGCACAGCCUAGUGCUCAAAUACAGCUCACUGAGGUCGCUGAACAAUUGUUUAGUGAGCAAGAACGUAAUGACGCCAAAGGAACUGGAAAGAGGAGAAUCCUACGAAGUGUAUCUGCGGAAGCUGUCGAAGCUGGAAGGCCAAGAGGAGUGCUUUCUGGAGCAAGAUAAGAGCACGCUGUACCUGUACGAGGGAGGGUUCUACGUGUUCAAGUUCAACCUGCUGACGUACAACAAGAACCUGUUCAACACCUUCGACGCUGACGCGACGACGUUCGGGCCUGAGGACAAAGACAAGGACUUCGAGGAGGAUGAGCUUCUGAAGUACCUGGAGGGCAGAGACAACUAUCAUAUGUACAGAGCAAGUAACCUAGGGUGCGACUACUACAACCUGACUCACAUAAACUCAACGGGCAUCGAAGACCCGCUGAUGCACAAGUUUAAACUGUGCGUGCUUCAGCAGAUUAAGCUGGAAGGAUACGAGUGCAAUAGCAAUCACGUGUUACAGAACGACUAUAAAUACUUCACGUGUGAGAAGCCGUUGGUGGUCUCAGUGGGAGACAUGUUUGAAGUUACCCCGAUAGGAGGGUCGGGAAAGUUUAAGUAUGACCUGGCAGGGUCGCGCAGUGACUCGAAUAAGUUCGUGUGCUCGAACAAGGGAAGUUACCAGCUGAAGAUAACAGACAUGACGCACGAGGAAAACGGGCUGCUGGUGCAAGUGAUAGCAACGACAGUGGACUCGUCCGAGUUCGAGUACACGACGUCGGAAGAUUCGAGUGAAUACGUGGACGCAAAGGCAAACGGAGAGUUGACGCUGAGACUGAAUAAGAUGUUUAACCUGAAGCUGACGCUGUACGCAGACCUGACCGGAUUUAAGCCGCUGUACAAAAAGAGCUUCACGAGAGAAGAUGGGAAGUUCUACUCGUUCAACUACUUCAACGACGGAAAUCACCUGGUCUCAGUGAGGCAGAAGUUUGAAAACCUGCUGCAGUUGAACGAGAUGCUGGACAGCGAGGAAGGAAUGCAGACGCCGCCGAAGGACGUUAAGCUGCUGCUGUACGACAGAAAGGUGGCGGACCUGAAGGGAGUGAGGAAGCAGGAAAGCUCGCUGGUGAUGACCUUCCAUACGCUCGAGACGAGUAGGACGAACUUUGGAAUUAACCUGGAGCUGCUGACAGACUACUACAGAGGACAGUUCGAAGAGAAGGAAGAAGAAAGACUGAGUGACCUGUUCAACGAGUCGAAGUUCGGAACGCUGCUGCUUAACGUGUACAAGGACCCGGAGCUGUACAUAGAGAGUAAGUACAGGCUGCCCUUAAUCAACUUGGCGGCUCUGACGGGCUCGGAGACGAGGAUGGCAGAUGAGGAGACAGAGCUCCUGGCAAACGUGGCGCUGGGAGAAAAGAUGGAGCUCAACUACAGGCACGGCCUGGGGCACACGGAGCCAGAGCUGAAGCUGACAACAAACAACAACGUGCUGCACAUGGAAAAAGUGGAGGGGAAGCGAGGAAACGAAGGAUACAUGGUCUACUGCGUCAACGUAGGACACGAAGACAUGGCAUUCGAGCUGCUGGACUUCAGAAAAAAGUACAGAGUCAACUGCAGCUUCCCAAAGUACAACAGAGUGUACCCAGUGAACAGGGUCUCCAAGGGACUGUACGAGCUCGUGGACGCGCAGAGCGCAGGACGCACGGAAAAAUUCGAGGAGAGGAAGUACAGAGUCAACAGCGACAGAGUUAACCUGUACAUGAACCUGAUGUUCGACGAGGACAACAACCCGCUGCUGCCCUCGGAAAUUUACGCCUCGACCUUCGAGGUAUACGCAGUGGCGCCGACGCUCACGGUGACCCCGGAGUUCUGGGACAAGGGCUACCACGAGCAGUCAAUUCUCCUGGAGGACACGCCAGUCCUCGAGUUCCUGCCCAGCGAGUACGAGGGCGCGAAGCGGGAGUUCAAGGUCGUGGGCAGGAUCAUCUACGAAAACAGCCAGCGCAACUACUCCGCGCACUUCAACAAGGUGAGGAAGUACCGCAGGAUCAACCAGCAGAUCAAGAGCCAGGUCAAGAGCAGGUGGCCGCUCUUCGGCAAGUUCAACUACCUGAACACCUACAUCAUCGUAUCGCCGAAGGUGAACCCGACGCUCGAGGUGGCGGCGCCCGAGGGGACCAGCCGGGACCUGUACCUCAUGUACAACAGGAUGUUCGUGUACAGGGUCUUCGUGUCGGGGGGCUCAGGCCACUACUCGCUGGUGGGCGCGGGCGACCUGAACUACCGGUUCUCGCGAGCAUUCGUAUUCCCAAACGCGCUCAGGAACUCCGAGAGGAUGGACGACGCGGACACGCUGCCGGAGCUGCUGACGGACAAGGUGGUGCUCGUGAACCUGUUCGACUACAAGAGCUUGAAGGGGUCGGGAAGGUUUUUAACGUUUGUACCAGAUAACAUGGACGACUUGUCGCUGGUGGUGAAGGACGAUAAGUUGCUGUGGCAUAAGCCCCUGGAGUUGAACCUGCACUUUAAGUACCCAAACAGGUUUCAACUGGCACUGGAGCCGCUGACGUACACAAACGCGAGCGUGAGCAGCAAGGAGUUUGUGCUGGUGCAGGGAAAGGAGGAAAUGCUGUACGUAAACGAAAAGUACAAGUUGAAGAUAACCGGAUACUACAAUAACAGCCGCCUGCUGGAUAACACGAUGCUUUGGUCGUUCACACUUCACAACAACAGCAUGGCGCUCAAGUCGAUUAACGUAUUCAAGGACUACACGUGCAACGAGCACCUGUUCGCAGGAGAAAGUGAGCAGGUGUUCAGAGGCUCAGAUGACCUGGUGAUGAGCACGUUCGACCUGGGAACGAGUGGGCUCUCAGUGUCGGAUUUCGAAAGGAGUCUGAAGGGAGUGUACAAGUUCAGGCUGGUGGAAAAGCUGCUCCUGGACCACGCCGAAGUCACAGUCCUGACGAACACGAAGUUCGACAUGACGUUCAGGAGCGUAAAGGACUACAGUAACCUGGAGGUGACGGCACUGGAAAUUGGCGCAGGAACGGGCAGAGACCACAGACUGGAGAACUACGGGUUCAGUUUCAACGAGUUGGGGCAGUACAAGUACAGCGUCGGCGUUAUGUACAGGGACAACCUGCUCACGGAGCUGGACCACAGCAUGGUGGUUAACGUGGCGAAGCCGGCGAAGAUGCUGUUCCACAUAUCAGGGCUCUCAGGGCAGAUGCCACUGAGCAAGGACGAAAACAUGUACGAGUACACAGUGGACAGAAGCACAGUGGUAAACCUGAACGUGCUGCUCUUCGACGAAAAGGACAACAUGUUCACGCCGCUGUACCUGAACAACCAGAACCUGGAGUUCGUGUAUCAGAUGACGGACGCGUGUCACCUGCUGACAGUAGGAGCCACGGAGCACAACGGAGAGUCGAACGAGGUGGUGACGAACAGGUACAACGUGCUGCUGUACGUCAAGGGAGACUCGGAAGUGGUGGUCACAGCAAGGUACCUGGGAGUGAUGCUGCAGUCGAAGAAGCUCAAGUUCAGAAUAAGGGCGGAGGAGAAGCUGUUCGAGGAGACAGGAGAGGACGACGGAGUAGCAGUGGGAAUGGGAUGCGGAGCCUGCUGCGGCCAGGAGGAGGAGGAUAACCUGUGCUACGGAGGAGUCUACGAAAUAAAUAAGAGCUUCAAGAGUUACCCGGAAAAUAAGCUUAAGCACCUGGGGAGGAGAGUGUACAAGGUGGUCACGCUGGGAAACGUGCUUAUCAUGACGGACAUGACCACGUACAACGUUAAGCUGCUGAAGCCCACGCACUUCUCACUGGUGCCGCUCAACGGGAGUUGCGCCCACAGAGUGGAAGGAAAGGGGCACUGCAGCGAGUGCGAGUCGAAGAUCAGAGGAGCCGGAGUCGACUUCGCGACGAGCAACAUGAACAGGAUGGCAUUCAAGCUGGUGCUCUACUCGAACGGGAGCAUGCUGAAGACGCCGAUCAACGCACGCUUCACGGUGAGCAUGAAGGACCUCUCGGUCUUCACGUACGAGGUGGAGGACGACCUGCUGAAGCUGACGCCGCGGAAGUACGGAGAGUCGACGCUGGAGUUGGUGUAUUCGCUCUCAAACUACGAGCACGCUGACACUGACGACGAAGUUGGAGGCGGCCACGAACGGUUUGGAAGUACCCACGAGAGAGUAGCCAGUACCCAGGAACGAGUUGGAACUGGUCACGAACGAGCCGAUUACCCGGAGCUGGGCGACAACGAGAUAAGCAGGUACUACCUGCUGAGGAGCACACACCUCGACGUGACGAACGUGGUGAGCGUGCUCACGGGCUCGAGAGUGUACCUGACGGGCUCGCGAGUUAACGGACUGGCAGUGAACCUGGACGUCAACGCGUACGAGUUCACAAAGUUCCUGAAAAACAAGUUCACAGUCAAGUCGUUCGGAACGUGUCUGGACGAGGGCUGCGGAAUGGUCUACAUGAACAAGACGGAGUACGUGGACACGCCGAAGAAGCUGAGAAGCAUGCUGAGCUCGAACAGAACGUCUUACAAGGUGCUGCUUAACGUGGUGACGAACGCACUCAACGCACUGCUCACGAAGGGAGAGGAGUACGCGAGCUUCAGCAAGGAGGCGAAGAGUAUGCUGAGCAUGAGUCAGAUGAAGGACGCUGCGCACUGCGCAGGCAGCUACUGCUGGGUGGAGCUGAGGUACAGCCUCAGCAGCCCGAUCAGCGUGGAAAAGCUGAAGAGCGUGAACGACAACCUGUACUGGAGAGGCGACUACAAGGAAGAGGAGGACCUGGAGGAGGUCCUGAGAAUGAUGAGCAGCCCGCUGGUGGGAGUGGACACGAGCAUGUGGAACACGAGCUCUGGAGUGCUGGAGGAGGGAAACGUCGAGACCCCGAGGCCGGGCAAGUACAAGUUCAGAAACGUUAACGACGAGGAGGUGGUGGCGCACGUGGCAAACUUUAACGCGAGCCACUACAAGUUCAAGCAGGUGGACAACUACACAGUGCUCCUGCUGCCGCAGAGCACGGGAGGCCCCAGAGGCGAGGAGAGCCCGCUGGCGAACCACGCAAACGUGCUCUACUUCAACUACGGCCUGAGCUACAAGUUCAGCGACCCCCAGCUGAGCAAGCUGUACUUCCUGAAGCAGACGUACUACCCGUACCUGACUAACACGGCCACGGGAGCAAGCCUGGUCUACAGGCUGGGCUACAGCGUGCUGCUCUCAAACAGCCUGCACAAGGAGUGGAGCGUCUUCAAAAAUCACCUGAGAACAAUGUCAACGGAUGCGCUGAAAGGGAAGCGCAAGCUGACGCUGGAGCUGCACCACUACACCAAGGACACGCAGGGCGGCGGCAAGGAGCACUCGGAGCUCCUGAUGACGGAGGACCUGGAGCUGGACCUGCCGGAAGACGUCCUCUUCGUCAACAGCGACGGCUUCAUCCUGAACGAGCUGGUCGAAGAGAACAUGAACAACGUGCUCCACGUGUACCCAGUUAACUCGUCAUACAAGCUAUACCUGAACAGCAACAAGUACGUGGUCAAGACGGUGGAAAAGUCCGGUCAGCUGACGACGUUCAUAGUAUACUCGAACGUGGCCUCCACGGCGCUCGAGGAGAGGGAGAGCGUGUACAAGCAGCUCUUCGAGGACCAGCAGCACGCGCCCGGCAACGUCUACCUGAUGGUGCUCAACGCGACCGACACCAUCAUCGGCAAGAUCAGAAUCAACGCCAACGUGCCGACCGCGAGGGUGAGCGUCGCCAGGUUGGGCCUUCUGAAGGGGCGGAAGCUGUCGGACGUGCUGACGCUGGUGGUGACGCUGGCCGUCGCGCUCUUCGUGCUCUUCGUCUACAACACGAUCCGCAACUACCAGUACUACCAGCCGACGGUGCCCAUUAAGCUGGAGCGGAGUCUGCCGAAGGUCUUCGACAGUCUGCACCAGACGGGCUACCACAGCAGGUACUACCGCUCGCAGCGCUGA